AUGCUUACUGGUAAGCCACGAUACACGCAUAUUUCAGACUACAAAAGCCUCUGCGUGAACUUUGUUGAGCUGAAGGAACAACUAAAAUCUGGGUUGCACCUAAAGCCUUAUGAGGUUCAGCAUCGCCUCCAACUGCGGAUCGGAGCACAAGGAAAGUAUCUUCAAUCAAUCUUGGAAAAAGCUUGUAAAGCUCUAAACGAUCAGACAAUCACGACUGCUGGACUAGAGGCAGCUAUGGAAGAGUUGUCCGAGCUCGCAAUCAAGGUAGCCAACGACUGCCCGCUAUCUGUCACUCCAACCCCUUCACUCACCCAAAUUGCAACCCAUACUGAAAACGAGCACCCUCCUAAUUCGACUGCACGACUUAUGGACCACUCAAUCGAUAGUUGCUUGACGUCCACCGCCCCGCCAGUCGGGCUGAGUUCUGAGGCUGCUGCUUUGAAGAAGAGACAAAGGGCCAUGUUCACACAAGCUGAAUGGAUGGCGGCAAACAUCGGAUAA